GGUCGGCUGCGUUCCAUUCAGAUCAAUGAAACUGUUAAGUCUUCAAAUCUAUUUCUUUUAUUCUAAUCAAGGCUAAUACAUGUUACUCAUCUAACUGGAUAUUAUAGUUAAAUACAGUUUGGAGGAUAAAUAAUUUACCACAUACCAGCUAUCACGCAUUUCAGCAAGGAUAAAAAAAAAUCAUCGGUUUCAUAUUUCAGCAACUAAGAAAACCGUAAGAUGGCAAAUAUCCUGAGCUUGACUAAAAUGUGUGUCUUGAUAUUAGUGACUGCAACUCAAAUCUUUUUUUCUCUCGGUCGUGACGUCAUCUUUGUGGCAGAUUCUAAUGGCAUUUCUAUUUCGGAUAUCGAUCACUCUAAUCCUUCUGUUCUUAAUUUUACGGAACGUCUGAUCGAACCUGAUUUGUUACCGAGCUUUCCUACCUACAAUCCAUCUACUUCAACUCUCUAUUUCUCGAGCAAUCUGAAAAUUAUUAAAUAUUCUCUGAAAAACAAAAGUUUGGAAACAUUCAUUUCUGCAGAAACAGAAAACGGUUUUCAAGCAAUGGAUAUUCACGUCACUGAACAGAGACUCUACUUUGGAGAAAAUAUUAACAACGUUAACCUUAUUGAGGUCAUUAACUUAGAUGGCACCGACAGAAAAACAUUUAUGUCUAAUGUUACAGGUUUUGCUGAAGAAAUACAAAUAGAUGCAGUAAACGGUUAUUUGUACUAUAGUACAGCCGGCAACGGUAUAAUUCCUGCGUUCAUUGCUCGAGCAAGAUUGGAUAAUUCAGUUUACCAUGAUAUACUUGUAGAUACUAGCCUUGAUUCCCCAAAAUUGGAAUUAGAUGUUGAAGCGGGGAAGAUGUAUUGGUGUGAUUCAACCUAUGGACUUGUUGAACAAGCAAACUUGGACGGCUCAAAUCGUACAACUAUUGGAUCCGGUAGCCGGCCUAACCAACCUGUAGUGUAUGGUGAUUAUCUUUACUGGUGUGAUGACGACGGUAUAUUCUAUGUGAAUAUUGAGGCUGGUAUGGCAUCUCAGAAACAAAUCAUUACUGGCGAUUCAAUAGAUGGGCCUUUUGGACUGGCUUUAGGCGUAUAUGAUGGAAUGAUCGUAUAUAAUGGAUAUGAAAUAGAAGUAUAUUGA